UUUUCAGAUCUACCACAGGCGGCCGGCUGGUUACCGCUAUGGCAACUCUUCAUAUCCGUGACCGCGGUUUUUAACUCGGUCCAAAAUUUUGUGACGCUCAAAUUGACGCGGAAAAUAUAUCCUCGGGUGGUCGUGACCGGAUUACAGGCCCGAACAUUUGCUGUAUGGACCCUUAUCUCUGCUGUUGUGCGAGCAUAUGCUGCCUACAACAUCAACGAAAAACACUUAUACGACCUGACGCUGUUUACCUAUCUCAUUGCCUUUGGUCAUUUUUCAUCUGAGCUUCUCAUCUUCCGCACCGCGACCGUCAAUCCGGGCCUAAUCAGUCCUGUUAUUGUUUCAACGACUUCUCUUGUUUGGAUGAUUUCACAGUACGAUUUCUACGUAAAAGGUUCAUGA